AUGUUUUUCGACAGAGCUUCGAAUGCCUUGAGGCAUGGCAUAGGGGCGGUGUUAGUGUCACCAGAAGGAGAUCAUUAUCCCGUCAUAGCUAAACUCAACUUCUAUUGCACCAAUAAUGUGGCUGAAUAUGAAGCUUGUGUCAUGGGUCUUCAGGCAGCAAUCGAGAGGAAAAUUCACAUUUUGGAAGUGUAUGGGGACUCUGUUUUAGUUAUUUAUCAGUUGCGAGGAGAAUGGGAGACACGUGACUUAAAGUUAGUCCGAUAUCACAAGUAUGUUUCAAAGCUAAUUGAAAAUUUUGAUAAGAUUUGCUUCACCCAUUUGCCCCGAGAGGAGAACCAAAUGGCCGAUGCAUUAGCCACGCUAGCGGCAAUGUUCAAAGUUGGUACCAAUGUCAAGAUUCAACCCAUCAUGAUUAAUCUUCGAGAGUGCCCCACACACUGCUCCAGUGUAGAAGAAGAAAUAGAUGAGAAACCGUGGUACCAUGAUAUUGUGCAUUAUCUCAAGUUUCAGCAGUACCCGGAUCAAAGCUCAGAAAAUGAUAAGAAAACCAUUAGAAGGUUGGUAAUGAAUUUCUUCUUGGAUGGGAACAUCUUAUACAAGAGAAGUAGGGAUCAAACGCUUUUGAGAUGCGUGGAUUCAGCCGAAGCUUAG